AUGGCGCACGCCGGGAGAACAGGGUAUGAUAACCGGGAGAUAGUGAUGAAGUACAUCCACUAUAAGCUGUCUCAGAGGGGCUACGAAUGGGAUGCCGGCGAUGCGGGCGCCGCGCCCCCGGGGCCCACCCCGGCGGCGCCGGGCAUCUUCUCCUCCCAGCAGCCGGGGCGCCCCCCAGCGCCCGCCAGGACCUCGCCGCCGCCCCCCGCCACCCCCGCGGCCGCCGCGGGGCCGGCGCUCAGCCCCGUGCCACCUGUGGUCCACCUGACCCUGCGCCAGGCGGGCGACGACUUCUCCCGCCGCUACCGCCGGGACUUCGCGGAGAUGUCCAGCCAGCUGCACCUGACGCCCUUCACCGCGAGGGGACGCUUUGCCACGGUGGUGGAGGAGCUCUUCAGGGAUGGCGUGAACUGGGGGAGGAUCGUGGCCUUCUUCGAGUUCGGCGGAGUCAUGUGCGUGGAGAGCGUCAACCGGGAGAUGUCGCCCCUGGUGGACAACAUCGCCCUGUGGAUGACGGAGUACCUGAACCGGCACCUGCACACCUGGAUCCAGGAUAACGGAGGCUGGGACGCCUUUGUGGAACUGUACGGCCCCAACAUGCGGCCUCUGUUCGACUUCUCCUGGCUCUCUCUGAAGGCGCUGCUCAGCCUGGCCCUGGUGGGAGCUUGCAUCACCCUGGGUGCCUAUCUGGGUCACAAGUGA